UAAAAGUCAGCUUUUUAGGCUUCAGGGAGAGCAAGCUAGCUAGCUAACCACUAGCUGGCUAGCCAUAGCAUUUGGGAGGGAGUGGGUGCCAUAGCAACCAUUUAGGAAACAUUGACUGUGGUGGCUAGCUAGCUAAGAUACUUCAUGCUAACGUUGGUUUGUUGUGCUAGCGAUAAACAAGACGUCGUUGAGACUUCAAUGUCCAAUUUAGCGUCAGUCAGCCAGUUAAUGUCACAAGUCAGCAUUAUCUACUUCGCGUCAUCGCUGUAACUUUGCGCCAUGCUUUUUAUUAAGCUGUGGAGGAUGGCAGACUGUUGUAACCCUAGACAUUAUGUUGAGUUUAGCUAACUUGGCUAACGGUGAUUUCCAUCACAUGCAGUAAGCUAACGUUAGCCACCAAGGCCGACCCGUUAACUUCGGCUACCUGAACCGUUAUGUAAACGUCAAAGUAACCGCUCUCUCUUUCUCGAUUAUAAUCUGGAUGUCAGAAUGAUGUGAUCUCAGAUGAGUCUAACGCCAGAUAAGCUUAACAUUAAGUUACUUUAUUAAUGUUGUCAUGGGCCAACCUAAGCUAAUUGUAACCGAGUCAAUCAGCUGAUCUAUGGCUGCUAAGGUUAGUGUUGGUGCUAACUUAGCUGCUUGUUAACUAUUUUCUGGUAUGAUUAAUUAACCUACAUCAGCUAAUCUUCAGCACAUGUGUUGUUAUCUUUAGGAGCUAAUGUUACAGUUAAAUAUCGGUGCAGUUCAGAAUGUGUGGCUUUACUUAGCUAACGUUACAUUGCACCGACAAGUUGACUAUAGUUAGCUGACAUUCACGCUAGCCUUCAGUGUUUUGUUUUUUGGUCAUUCAAAAUGUGUGAUACAACAUUUUCGUAUUCUUAUCCCGAACCUCUCUGAAUUAGGUCUUAAGCGAUAACGUUACCAAUUUAACUUGGCGUGCAUCAGGGGUUUUCAUUUCAUGUGAUGUCAAAUUGGACCUGUACCUGUAACUACUGUUUGUGAUGUUUUGUUAUGUUUUAAUGAAUUGGGGCCUUAGUGAAUGUGUAAAAGAGAUAAUUCAGUUUCUGACACAACUGUCAUUUUAGUAUUCAGCCUGAACUAGUAUGGAUGUUGAUGACUGCAAUGGCCGGUCUUGCAUAUCAGCUAGUGGAGACUCUUCAAUGGAAAGAGAGUUUUCUGGGGCCCUUGGAGGUCCAACAGUGAGCACCCCUAACAGCAAGGAGACCUCCCCUAGUCGCUCCCUCAGUGCCAACUCCAUUAAAGUGGAGCUGUACAGUGAUGAAGACCCAGGUCGCAGUACUGAAGAUGAAAGAGGGGAGCGGGUAGACGAAGGAUGUCUCGAGCAGGGAUCUGAAGCUGUCGGAGGCUACAGGGAGCUCACCAAUCCUGAAACCAUGCAAGCUGGAGCCACCAGACUGCCUAAUGGAAAGCUCAAGUGUGACAUCUGUGGAAUGAUCUGCAUUGGGCCUAAUGUUCUCAUGGUGCACAAACGCAGCCAUACAGGUGAGCGACCAUUCCAGUGUAAUCAGUGUGGCGCCUCCUUUACUCAAAAGGGUAACCUGCUCCGCCACAUCAAGCUGCACUCAGGGGAGAAGCCCUUUAAAUGUCCGUUCUGCAGCUAUGCCUGUCGAAGACGAGAUGCGCUCACUGGCCACCUUCGCACUCAUGCAGUCUCCUCUCCAACUGUAGGAAAGCCGUAUAAGUGCAGUUAUUGUGGCCGUAGUUACAAGCAGCAGAGCACCCUGGAGGAGCACCGUGAGCGCUGCCACAGCUACUUACAGAGUCUGGAGUCACAGCAGCCAUCCAAUGCACAGAAUCCAGGACAGAAGAGCAUACGCCUUAACCUUGCAGAUGCACCUUAUGAGUUCACCACUGGUUUGGAUAAAGAUGGAGAGAUGAACGCAGGGGACCUUGAAACCCCGCACUUUACUGGUCUGGGAGGAGAAUACGCAGGCGUAGCAGGUAAUGGAGGAGGAGGGGUGUCAGACACACUGAGGCCUCUACACCUUCCCACCACUCACCCUUCAUGUUUAUCAGAACUCAGGCCGAUCCACAGCUCCAUUCACACCUCUGUCGCUCUUGGCCCGAGGCUGGAUUGUACAGGGACUGGAGCUGGGCUGGGAGCUGCGGCUGUAGGGGGGAGGGAGGCGGCAGAGGGCCACGAAGACCUGCCUGCUGGUCGCAGUCACGCACCCUCACCUAACAACGGUUGCCAGGACUCUACAGACACAGAGAGCAUGCCAGAUGAGCCUUGCAACAGUACCGCUCCGACUCCAACCCUGCACAGUAACAACGGCCAUCAUCUUCACCACUCCAACAACCACCACCCAGCGCCUCAUCCCGUUGCACCCCACAGGAGUCGGGACAGACGUAGUCCCAGCCACGCCAAAGACAGGGAGGUGGAAAGAGAGGAUGGAGGCCCCUCAGCCCUUCCACCUCCUGCCCUCGCGCCAACUCCAAGCUCACCCACAGCGCCCUCCUCCACCUCCAGGGAGGCGUUUCGGGUUGUAGACGGGGAAGGGCGAGCUGUGCGCUCUUUCCGUUGCGAGCACUGCCGUGUGCUUUUCCUGGACCAUGUCAUGUUUACCAUCCACAUGGGCUGCCAUGGUUUUCGCCAGCCUUUUGAGUGUAACAUCUGUGGCCACCGCAGUCAGGACCGCUAUGAAUUUUCUUCACACAUCGUCCGUGGGGAGCACAUCCUUGACUGAGGACAAAGGGUGGUCAACCUGUUUCUCCUAGAGCUAUUUUUACACUGAGUCAAGGACCUGGCUGGGUUUGGUCUGCACACAAGCUAAAUGAGACACAGAUGACAUGAAAUUUACACGUGUAUAUACAGUAUAUAUAUAUUUCAAACAGGCACUGGUACAUUUAGCAUGUACCAGCAUUAAUGGCAAGCUCAUAUGUGUGUUUUCUAAAAUUAGUAUAGUGGUCCUUAUUUUUAAUGCACUUUGAACAAGUAAUCAAUUUUAAAAUGCACUUUUAAUUCAAUGUAUUCUAAAGUAGAUUAAGAGCUAAUGCACUUUUUCAUCCGCAGACGUGCCUUGCUCCAAAAUUCAGGAUUCAAACCUGAUGCACAAAUUACAGUAGACAAAUCUGACUUUUGUGCAUAACCUGAAAACUGUCUCUUCUUGUGCACUUUAACAGAGAUAACAUAGUUUUUUUCCAACUUGGGGUUGAUUCUGUAAUAGAUUGCUUUAUUAUGAGAAGUGCAGACCAAACUCAAACCAGGUCCAAGUCGAAUAGAUGUGUUUGAGGGGUUGUCCUUGAAUUAGAAAUGCACUUUUGUUUUUAACGUGUGUGUGUACGUGAGAGAGUGAGUGAACGUGACAGACCCUGUGUUUUAUGGAAGUACAUUGAAUACGUAAAGUGGAAAAUGAAGGCCUGUGUGAAUGCCGUGUGGGGCGGUGUAUAAAAUGUUUUUUCUUUUCUAUGACUGCUUUUGUUGCACUGAUACCUGCCAGAAUACUAUGAUAUAUAUUAAACUAUUUUAUGGAAUACAUUAAUGACCUGCACAUUUCUCUCAAUGUGAGAAAAACUGAUGAAAUGUUUUUUCUCACUAGGAAAGGACAAUGAGUAUCACUGCCACAAUUUCAGAGAAUUCUGAAGAGGUUAGGGUCUUAACAAGUUAUUAACAUUUCCCCUUUCAUAGCUACAUCAAACUGCAAACCAACACUAAUCUAUUUAUAUUUGAAAAUGAUUUUGGUGUUAACUCAUUGUAUUGUGCCUUUCUUCACCCUGAUCACACCUUGUUGACCAGACUGAAGGACAUGAGCUACCAACUGUCAUAUCUUGAAUCAGAUCAUUGUGGGUGAUGUUAGAGAUCAUGAGUUACAAAAUAAUUUACCUAAGUUGUUUUCCAGACACAAGUCUCUGGCUUAUAGCUUUGCACAAUAUUUGUAUUCUCCUAUUCAACAAAAGUUGGGUUGAUUUUCAUUGUGUUGGCAAAUAACCAAUUCUGCUAAUUUAUCAAAGACUAAAUGUGCAUAUGGCAUUUCGCACAUGCUGCUGUUAUGUCACGAAUGAGUGCAGUGUGGAGUGGUAGCUUACUACUGUCCUCAAAGGUGUUUAUUUAAAAAUGGGUUCCGUCGGUUGUGAUAAUAUAUCCUGUCUUGGUAAAAUGGUGCAGGAAUGCAUAAGAGCAAUGUGUCAGAACACUGUCAGCUCUUGGCUCUGUCUUCAUCUGUGACAUGAUAAAACAAUUGAGAUAGUUGUUGUAGAAACUUGUUUAUAUUUGACUCUACACAAUGUAAGCACAAUAAGUUGUACUGUUAAGCAGGCUAACUUGUUCAGUCUACAUUACAGAAUGGGGUACAAAAUCAAUACCUAGUGUGUUGAUAAACAGGACAUUUGGUUAAACCAAAGAACCACUACUUCCUACUGUUGCUCUGUCAGUAAAACCUUGUAGAUGUUUGUUUUUUCCAGGAGUUCUCUCCUUAGUUUUGCAGAAGACGUUUAGAAAAGUAAUUUGGGGUUAUGCCUUCCAAAAUAAAUAUAAAAGAAUUGUUACAAGUUCUUAAUUGGAGCUGCAUUUGUUCUGAUUGAAAGCUGGUGUUGACAAAGUCACUUGUACACAAUGCACUGUGGCAAUCUUACCAGUACAGAAACUCAAAGUUGUAGUUUCAUUUAAUCAAAUUAUCUCAUAAGAAUAGACGUUAAGUCAUGUUGGGAAAGAAUUUUUGUAAUCAAACGUGUCACCGAAGCUUGUAAUUUCCCUGCAACCUAAUCUAGAGAACAUUGACAUCGUGACUUUAAAUUAUUCAACACCAAAGUUGUCAUUGCAAAUCAAAUUGUCAUGCCAGUUUGCAUGGGCAAAAAGUGCUUUAACCAACUGAAUACAUCUUACUUCACUGUGUAGCCUAUAUUCUGAUUUAGGUAACCGCUUGUAUACACAAAGGCCCAGUUGUGAUUCUUCUCGUGUUGGUGUGAUUUCUGUGUAGACUUUACAAUUGUGCCUUUGGCUUGAGGUCUUUUGUGCAUUUUGUUAUCUCUCAACAGCAAAAAUACUCGCAUUUGAAGUGUAAAGCUUGGCUUGCCAAUUAAUCAUGUGGUGCAACUACUGCACAUUAUAAAAGGCUCCAUAUUAUUUUGGUCAUCUUUAAAAAUUGUAUAAAACCACCAGUAAUUAGUGACAGUGGCCAGAAUCAAGUUCAUUUUUACAGGUUCAACACAUCAACCAUAAAAAAAAAGGACGUCUGCUAGGAGCCAAAGAACUAACUAGAGAUACAAUGUGUAAAACUUCCUGUAGAUGUGAAUCCUCAGCCAUUUCGUUGACCUCAAGUGUGACAAAUACUGUACAAAAAGUUACUGAUUUUGCAAAAUCCUCUGCAGUAUUUGGAUUUUCUAUUUGAACAUUCUGCAUCAAAGAGAGCAAACUCACCAUUCACAAGCUUAAGGUUUGGGUGUAGAUUAUUUUUUAUUUAUUCAUGUUCAACACUAGACUAUGUGCUUCUAGACCUGAUGCAUGCGAUUACCAAUGCUUUUUGCUCCUCAAACUACACCCUUUCCAUUUUAAACAAAAGGACAACCAAAUAAACUGUCUACUCUAAUUUCAGACUAUACUUCAGAAAACUUCUGUUUUGUGUUGUUUUGUGUUCAAAUGUUUUUUCUUGCACCGUUUGCCUCAGUAAUCUUUGUUAACCUUCCCGUACUGAUAAUGGUCCAACAUUGCUUUAAAUAACUGCAGAGCCUUUUUAAAAUGUAUCAUAUUGUAAUUAUGCAUUUGUGUAAUUCAAUCUUAAACUACUGUAAGUUUUGUACUGUAAGAAAGUCUAUUCCAAAUAAAAUACUUGACAGGC